AUGAAAUAUCUAAGUUCCAAGCCACCCCCAAAAAAUUGUGUAGGAUCAGGGAUCGACAUUGACGGCUGUCCGAUUGCCCGGGACAAAACAUUAUCACAGAAUAUACUGUUUGCCAGUGAAAUGGAAUAUUACAGCUGGAUGUCCACGCUGUUGUUUGCUACUUUUGUAGCCGUUUUGAGGACUGGAGUUUCCAGUCAUUGUACAUCCAACCCUAGAUGCGACUGUAUCCCAACAAGAAACAUGACUAUUUUAGCAAACUGUUCUCACCUGGGAAUCACAGAGGUACCAAAAACCGGACCGGAUGUCGUUAGUCUAAAUUUAGAUCAUAAUUGUAUCACUUUCCUGAUGGCACCCUUUAGUCCCACACUUGUCCGUUUGGAUCUCUCUUACAACCGAAUUCAAAACUUUACAGACGAUGUAUUCGCAAACUUAACAAAAUUAAAAACACUGAGCCUAGAAGGAAAUAGAUUACAACUGGACGAAAACGUUUACAGGCCACGAAUCUUCCGAGACUUAAAGGCAUUACAAGUUUUUAACAUUAAGAAUAAUUCAAUCCAGGUACAAAAUUGCCGAUUUCCGUACGGAAUGUGGGGAUUUCUCUACUCACUGAAGACCCUAAAAAUUGAUGUUAUAUCAACUGUAGAAUUUGGACCACAGUUCCGCUCAUUGACUCAGCUUACGGAAUUGGAUAUAUCAGGCCUGACUGGAUUUUGCUCAAUAGAAGUAAUUAGCGACAGUUACUUUGAAAAUAUGCCUCACUUAGAAAUAAUGAACAUGUCCGCUUGCAAAUUGAAACAUUUUGAAGCAGGUGCUCUGAUAAUGCUUAGAAACUUGACAAUUUUUGAUAUUUCAAACAAUGAAAGACUUACGUUUGCAAGUUUUCCAAAUAUAUCACGUGAUUUACAAUUUUCUAAUAUAAAAGUUUUCAAAGCCAUCAAAAUUCACUGUACAUUUGGAAUAGGUACAGUAUUACAAAUCCGUGACAUAUUGCAUUUUCAAAAUACAUCUCUUGAAGAAAUUUAUCUGGACGAAAAUAGGUUAGCUCUGAUAGAAAGACAUGCUUUAAAAUACACACCGCCUACCCUUAAACUUGUAUCGAUUGCCAAUAAUAAAUUAACAAUUGGGCCUUAUGUACUGGAUGUCAUCUAUUUGACUGGCAUGGAAAAGCUGGAUUUGUCUUUCCAGUUGGCUUCCAAUCCAAUGCACGAAAUAUUUGAGGCUUUUUAUUGUGAGAAUCCAAUACGAUCUCAUGAAAACACAGAAGAAAGGUUUACCAUUGGCCACAAAAAUAUUUCGUUGUUAUGGCGAGUACAUGUGCCAAGAAACCUACAGACUCUUAUAAUGAGAACGAGCAGUAUACGUAUAGGACUUUUUGGCGUUAAUGUGAAUCCCGAGAAUAAGCUUUUACAUAUUGACUUGUCGCAAAACGUAAUGAAAAGCUUCAAUGGCCCACUAAGGGGUUUUAACGUGUUGAAAUCUUUGGAUUUGUCAGAAUGUCUCUGUUCUUAUAUUUCAAAAUUCUUCUUUGAUUCUCUUACGCAACUGGAAGUUUUAAAGCUUAACAAUAAUCUUUUAGGAUUUAGUUUGAGAGAUGAUGAGAAUGGAGUAACGUUUAAAAGCCUAGUGAAUCUUAAAGAGAUGGACCUAUCUGACAAUCGAAUACAGUUCUUGCCUGACAAAAUAUUCAAAAAUCUACGAAAUCUGCAGAAACUGAGAUUACGAUCCAACUAUCUAACGGAAUGGACAGUUAGAAUCAGCCACAUACGGAAUCUUAGUGUAAUUGACCUUUCUGUUAACCAAAUAAAACAAAAUCGCAUGUACAUUUCGGAUUAUCGACACAUGGAAUGCAAGUUAGAUAAUGGAACAAGUUUCAGUUUCCAGGACAUUGAGUCGGUUUUACGAAUCCUUGAGGUUCAAUGUAAAGAUUACCAAUUAGUUAUAUUAUCAGUUUCUUCUGCCAUUGUGUUUUUCCUUACUAUUAUAGUUACUGGUUUGGUUUAUAGAUACCGAUGGAAACUACGUUACUUGUUUUACAUGACAAAAAACAAAUACCGAUUAUCUAGCCCCAUAUGUCAAGACACAUUUACCUUUGAUGCCUUUAUAUCCCACGCUGAUGAAGACAGUGACUUUGCAAUAUACGAGUCAAUUUCCCAGUUAGAGGAAGAAAGAGGACUGCGCCUGUGCCUAAGUAAGAGGGACUUCCUUCCUGGUACAGAGAUUGCAGCAAACAUUACAGACGCCAUUUGCAAGAGCCGCAAAACAAUCAUAAUUCUAUCCAACCAUUUCCUGAACUCUUACUGGUGUAUGUUUGAAUUCAAUAUGGCAAGGAUGGAGAGUAUUUAUACCCGGAAUGGAAAAAAUGUUCUUUUCAUGAUUAUGUAUCGACACGUGUCUGCUAAAACAUUACCUUUGUCCCUAUUAACCUUGGUAGAAAGUCAGUCCUACAUUGAGUAUCCUCAUGACCCCCAAGGAAACAUCGUAUUUUGGGACAAAAUAGCUGAGACAUGUUCUAAGUCACAUUCUUCUUGA